AUGGUGAAGCAGCGCAUGACAGCCCUCGAUGUGAGGGCGACGGUGGAGGAGAUGCGGGCAACGCUGAUUGGCUUGCGGCUGCUCAACAUCUACGACAUCGGCAGCAAGAUGUUUCUCUUCAAGUUUGGGCACGGCGAGAACAAGAAGAAUGUGCUUCUCGAGAGCGGCACGCGCCUCCACCUUACGGAGCUGGCGCGUGAGAAGCCGAAGGUGCCAUCGCAGUUCACGCUAAAGCUGCGCAAGCACGUCCGCGCCUGGCGGCUCGACAGCGUCGCGCAGCUCCAGCAUGACCGCACGAUCGACCUCUGCUUCGGUGUUCCGUCGACAGAGGGCUGCUUUCACAUCAUUGUGGAGCUCUUCUCGAAGGGCAAUGUAAUUCUGACGAACUACGCGUACACGAUAAUGAUGCUGCUUCGCACGCACCGCGACGACGAGGGGCUCAAGCUGAUGGUGAAUCAAGUCUACCCCGUAACGGCCCCCUUUGUUGCCGCUGUGGCAGCCGAGUCGGAGGAGUCGCCUAUGUUCCUCUACCCUCCGCACGUGGACGCCUCUGGCCACCUGCACCUGCAGCGCACCGCUGACGCUGACCUCACGCUGGCCCAACGGCAGCUGAAGGAGGAGCGCACGAGGUUGAUGAAGGUGGACUGGGAAGUGGGGCUCAGCCGCAGUAACGACCGCACUGUCGUGCAAACGUUGGUGGCGGGCAUUCAGCACUUUGGACCUGACCUGGCGCAGCACGUGCUCACCGUCACUGGUGUGCCGAACGCGCCGCGGAAAAGCUGGACGCAGUCGACGGACAACGUUUUCGUAACGCUGCUCCCCGGUCUGUUGGAGGCCUUUGACCUCGCCAAGGUCGACCUCACAUCCGCCGGCGGCUACCUCAUCAAGCCCAAAGCGAAGCCCGGCAGCACAGUGCAUGCCCCAGCGCCACCAGCGCCAGGUGCCCCCGCCGGUGCAGCUGACCUCGUCGCCGUCGCGGAGCAGUACGAGAGCUUUACACCAAUCUUGCUCGCCCAGUACACAAACGACGGGGUGGAGGCCCUCUACCGCAGCAGCUUCGGCCGCGUCUGUGACGAGUUUUUCCUCAUCACAGAGACGGAGCGCAUCGACGCGUCGAAUGCGAAGCGCAAAAACACCGCCAAGAGCAAGGAGGACAAGUUCGCGACCGAUCACGCACGUCGCAUUAACGCACUCGAGGCGGACAUCGCGGCUAACCAGAUGAAGGGUGAGCAGCUCAUCUUGAACGCGGACCGCGUUGACGAGGCGAUUCAACUGAUCAACGGUGCCCUGGCAACGGGCAUCUCGUGGGAUGCCUUGCGCAUGCUGCUGAAGCGGCGCCACGCUGAGGGGCACCCGGUGGCGUACAUGAUACAUGACCUCUUCCUCGAGCGCAACUCCAUCAGCGUCCUACUCGAGGCAGUCCUGGACGAGGAGAAGGGCGAGGAGGACUGCGAUGUGCCGCCGCUCGUGGUCGAGGUGGCGCUGUCCAAGACGGCGCACGCGAACGCGGCGGACUACUUCAGCAAGCAGAAGCAUCACCGCUCGAAGCUGGAGCGCACCGUCGCGGCGACCGCAAAAGCCGCGGCAGGGGCGGCGCUCAAGGGCGCACGAAAGGCGGCGGCGCAAAAGGAGAGGAAGGUGAUCGUCAAGGAGCGGCAGCGCCAGUGGUGGGAAAAGUUCUUGUGGUUCCGCACCACCGCUGGCGACCUCGUGCUGCGUGGGAAGGAUGUGCAGUCGACGGAGCUGCUGGUGCGGCGCGUGAUGCGCCUUGGAGACCUCUUCAUCCACUGCGAGGUAGAUGGGGCUCUGCCGUGCCUACUGAGGCCCAUGAACGACGUCUGGCAAGAGCUCGGUGGCAACAACGCAGGCGGAGACUUCACCGCCGCGCCGGCGACUCAGCCGGUGGCCCUGCACAGCGUGUGUGAAGCAGGUGCGUGGUGUGUCGCCUUCAGCGGCGCAUGGGAACGCAAGCAGACGACUGGAUCGUGGUGGGUGUACGCAUCGCAGGUGACGGGUGGGACGGCCACCGGCGCGUAUCUCUACGCCGGAGAGCGGCACCACCUGCCGCCGCAGUCGAUGUCGCUCGGGUGCGCGCUGCUCUUCUACGUCGUACGCACCGUGAGUGAGCCGGCGGCGGUUGCACGGGCUGAAAGCGCUCCUUGUGCCGACAGUGACGACGAAGGGGCGGAACACGUAGAGGACGACGCGGUCGACUCGUUCACCGUGCUGCGGCGUGAGCUGCCGAGCCUCCUGGCGUCACCCGCUGACGCCGACCAGCCAAGCGGUGCUGGAGAAGCAGUCGUGCCCGCUGAUUCGGCGGCUGCGCUUGUCGAGCUGCCCUCCGUGGAGACCCUUCGUGCGGAGCAGCGCAAGCAGCGAAGUUUGUUUGUGGCAGGUGGCCGCGUGGAUGGGCGCCAAAAGAAGGGCAAGGCAGCGAAGAAGAGCGGGGCGCGUAACUCGCGCGUCGACCGCGCAGGUCUGCAGGGCACGCCGGCUGCAACCACAGCCCUCCCUCCAUCGUCGGCUACGGAAGACGGUGUGGCCACGGCCGUGGCGGCGACGGCCACGCAGAAGGGCAACGGUCAGGGCAAGAGUCUGACAAAGUACGAGAAGAAGAAGCUGAAGAAGAUUCAGGACAAGUACGGCGACCAGGACGAUGAGGCUCGCAUGCUCGGGGCGCAGGUGAACGGGAACCAGCUGUCCCGCGUGCAGCUGCUGGAGCUGCAGCGACGCGCCGAGCAACGUCAGGAGGCGGAAAAGGCCAAGCGCGCACAUGAGAAGGCGAACCUCUCUGCUCAGCACGCGCUUUACACGCCGCAGCACCGCUCCGUCGGCAAGGACAACGGGCAGAGGGACGAGGAAGAGGAAGAGGAAGACGUCGAGGUAGUAUCUGAGUUCACGGAGGACGGCGAAGAGGCGGAGACGAACGUCGCGGCGGUCGACGCGGAGGCGGGCGGCUCCGACGAGGAGGACGCGCAAGCAGCGGCGGUCGAAGAGGCCGGUGGUGGCUGUGAGACUGAGGGAGAGGAAGAGGCGACGGAGGCGGGCGCUGCCGCCUCGACAGCGGCGGGCCCACGCAACGACCGCGACGCGGCGGUUGCGCAGCAGUCCGCCGAGCUCAAUCGUGUUUUCCCGCACUACACCAUGCGACCCGGCCCAAUGGACAUCGUGCAGCACGUUGUAGCCGUCUGCGCGCCAACGAUCGCCGUGAGCGAGUACGCCUACCAUACCACGCUGUGCGUGGGAAAUGCCAAGAAAGGUGCGCUGGCGGCGAAGCUUCUUCAGCUGUUCACGGCACGUGCGGAGCAGGGUGAACCUGGGGCUGACGGCGCUUCGACAGGCGUCGGUGCAGGCUCCGCUGGUGCACAAGGGAGGAAGGCAAAGAAAGCGGCAGCGAAGAAGGGAGGUGGCGGAGCGCCAACGGACCGCCCCCGCUCACCAUCAUGGACGUCGUCGCCUGCUACAGCCACUGCAAAUCCCUCUGUGGUAAAGGCGAUGCAGAUGAUGAGCACCAACGAUAUCGUGGAACAGCUGCGGGCCAACGUGAAGCCAGUCGAGUUCCACCUGUGA